UGUCCGCCGCCGCCAUUGUGCGGCGCUGGUCCCCGGAGAGGGAACCAGCUGCGGCCAUCGCCUCCGGCUCCGCUCGCUUCUCGCUUUCCUGCCCCCGGAGCCCGGCGGGUCCGGGACUCCGGUCCGUGCCGGUGCGGGCGCCGGCAUGUGGCUGUGGGAGGAACAGGGGGGCCUCCUGGGCCCCUUCUCUUUCCUGCUGCUGCUGUUGAUGGUGGUAACGCGCAGCCCCUUCAAUGCCUGUCUGCUCACCGGCUGCCUCUUCGUCCUGCUGCGCCUCUUCAGCUUUGAGCCGGUGCCCUCCCGCAGGGUCCUGCAGGUGCUCAAGCCCAAAGGCCGCGUCUCCGCCAUCGCCCACCGCGGAGGCAGCCACGAUGCGCCCGAGAACACGCUGGCGGCCAUUCGGCAGGCACUCAAGAGGAGAGGACUAGGAAGAGCGCCUCAGCACGGAGUACCUGCAUGGCAGUCUGGGCCAGUGAUAUGCGUCACGGUACCUUUGAGGGCAGCUAAGAACGGAGCAACAGGCGUGGAGUUGGACAUUGAGUUUACUGCUGAUGGGAUCCCUGUCUUAAUGCAUGACAACACAGUAGAUAGGACAACCGAUGGCACUGGUCGAUUGUGUGACUUGACGUUUGAACAAAUUCGGAAGCUUAAUCCUGCAGCAAAUCACAGACUCAGGAAUGAUUUCCCUGAUGAAAAGAUCCCUACCCUGAGGGAAGCCGUUGCAGAGUGCCUAGCCCAUAACCUCACAAUCUUCUUUGAUGUCAAAGGCCAUGCAAAUAUGGCUACCGAUGCUCUAAAGAAAAUAUAUAUGGAAUUUCCUCAACUAUACAAUAAUAGUAUGGUCUGCUCUUUCUUGCCAGAAGUUAUCUAUAAGAUGCGACAGACGGAUCAGAAUGUGAUAACAGCUUUAACCCACAGACCGUGGAGCCUCAGCCACACAGGCGACGGGAAGCCACGCUACGACAGUGUGUGGAGACUGUCUGUGUUUGUGCUGUUGGACAUUCUGCUCGACUGGAGCAUGCAUAACAUCCUGUGGUACCUGUGCGGGAUCUCGGCUUUCCUCAUGCAGAAGGAUUUCGUAUCACCGGACUACGUGAGGAAGUGGUCAGCUAAAGGGAUCCAGGUCGUCGUUUGGACUGUUAACACCUUUGACGAGAAAAGCUACUAUGAAUCCCAUCUUGGUUCCAGCUACAUCACCGACAGCUUGCUGGAAGACUGUGCGCCUCAGUUCUAGACUUUGACCUCUGGAGAGGACGCACAGGCUCAGAAGCUGCCUGCUGGCCUCGUGCAGGGGUGUCAAAAUACCCUCUGUGCUCGCCCAUGCCCCGGGGGAUCAGGUGCCUCCCAUGAGCAAUAGUCAGUAAUUGCGUUUUCACCUGAUCCAAAGCAAAACACGUGUCGCCAUGAAGCUCGCCCAAGUUCAACACUGUUGCCCUUGAAAAUCUGGGUCUGCGAAAAGGCACAACAGCGAGGCCUGACCUAGCCGAGUCCCACACCAAGACCCAGUGAGGAUAAGCACAGAUUGAGUUGUGCAGUUCGGGGUGCAGGUGCAAAUGCAUGGGACAUGCAUGAUCACUCAGAACUUGCCACACUUAAGUCAUUGACUUCUUUCAAAUAUUCGUGUUCAGCUGUGUUAAUGUACUGUAGACAUCAAACUCGUGAACCAUACUAAUAAAAUCAUUAAAAGGAACACUAGGGGAGUACUGUGUACCACACAUCUUAGCCUAAAGCCUAAGGAAUUGGGGAGGCUGCUGUGUGCAAUCCAGUGAGGUCUCAGUGCGCAACAGGGAAAAUGGUAGCAAAGUCUUGAAUUCAACCUGAGUCGUUUAUGGUCAUUUAUCUUGAGAUAACUGCUACACACCACCAGGGGGCAGCAUUCCACUUUCAGGCUUACUAAGAAGCUCGGCAGCAAGUGAUCACAGUAAGGUUAUCAUAAUUCAGUGAUCAGUUAGGACUAGAAGAAACUUCCAUCUAGGCUUAUCCUUUGUUUUCUAAAAACAAAACAAAACAAAAAAAACCCAAAACCCGUGGGAGGCUGGGUCUGUCUCAAAAACCACAUAGGUGGUGACACAGCAGAGGCUGAUACGCAACCAGAAUUGCUCACGUGUACCUUCACAUGCAUUAUCUUAUUCAACCCUCUCAGAAAUCCUAGUGGGGUGAUAUUCCCUUUUUUCUCAUGAAGAAACUGAGACAUUGCAGAAUUAAAGUCUCUUAUUCAAGGUC